AUGGGAACCCCUUUCGUCAGCCUUCUCGAGCCUAGUAAGCUCGAUGGCUUCCAGCUCGGCGUUCCUCGAGACACGCUUCCCUCCACAAUCCCUCGAACGUUCCUCGAUGCCAUGGAGGUUCGCGAGGAAGUCUUCGUCAAGGAACAAGGCGUUCCCCAGGAAAACGAGUUCGAUGUCGAUGAUGCACGAUCUUGCCACUGGGUCAUUUACGUCAGCGUCAACAAGACAGAGGUGCCCGAGAUUCGAAAUGAGGAAGGAAACGUCGUGCGGCCACGCAAGAGUUCUACUCGAAGCACUCCCGUGGGAACUGUUCGCAUGGUUCCCUUCCCGCAUGAGCCUCAUCCAAAGCCCGGCGGAGAGUACUGGAACGGAGUGUUGAAAGGUGAAGAAGACGAUGCCAGCAACCACGAUGGCCCGUCAUCCCGGCCGUUUGUUCAAGACCGGCCGACGACAUUCCACGACGGCAAGGAACCGUACAUCAAGCUUGGAAGAUUGGCAGUCGUAAAGGACUAUCGAGGCUACCGCUUUGCAGGUCAGCUUGUCAAGAGUGCACUCGACUGGAUCAAGGCCAACCCGUCCUUCUUUGACCCCAGCAUCAGAGAGCUGGGACUUGAGCAGUUGGGAGCGUCGACAGAGGCCCAGGCGCCGCAAUGGGGAGGUCUCGUUUGCGUCCACGCACAGGAGCAGGUCGCCAAGGCCUGGGCGAAAUGGGGAUUUGAAAUUGACGAGGGCAUGGGGAAAUGGUAUGAGGAAGGCAUUCCUCACGUUGGAAUGUUUCUGCGUCUAGACAUUGGCCAAAAGGAUAUCCAGAUCUGA